AUGAAGAACAAGAGGAAUCAGAUAAAAAUAAAACUUACCAGGCAAAUAUCAUCUUUAUCGAAUUGGAAAAGUCUCCAGAACUCCAAGAAGAAGAAAUGGAAAACAUUCUACAAGAUUCAUCUGAUGACAAAGAAUCGGGAAGCAUAAUAGUAUCUGAUUAUAAUAUGAAAGGACCCUUUCAAUUAUUUAUUAGUUCUCCAAGUAUUACUGAAAGUCAAGCUGCUGAACUAUCUAUCAAAGAACAAGAUUAUCAGAAAAGAAAAAAGAAAAUUGAAAAAGAACUGAAUAAGGAAUUCAAGAAAUGA